GUUAGGACUAUGGUUAUGGAUGUAUACAGCUGCGCCGUGAUACUUUUUUACUGCUUUAUAAAACUGAAGGAUUAGCUUUCUGACCGUCUAUUAAAUUCCCUCGGUGCACUCUUACACCGGGAACAGGAACAGCUUUCCUGUCAUUCAGGAUACACACUCACACAGUAUUCCGGACAUCAUGCCUCUGGGAUCUCACUGUGGGAAACUUUGAGGGGGAGUGUUCAAAGCUGGAGAAACACUCCAAGCUUGUGGGACUGGACUCAGGGCAUUUAACAGAAGUGGAUGUUUGAUGGUUUAAUCCGCUCUUUUGGCUGUAGGAAAUGCUUUCACAGUGGAGUGGAUCCACACACAACCCAUGAGAACUUUGAGUAUUUGUAGAUUUCUGCAAGGGGACUCUUAUAUGAAGUUUGUGAUAUACCGAGCCUGACUCCAUGAGAACUUUGCCUGCACUUUAUUUGCACUGACACCAGAACAAGAGGGCUUGUUUCCAGUGCCGUAUCUAGCUGCUUGGUGGGUGCAGAGUGGCACCAUGGCCGGGGUUACCAGGAAGGGAUCUGGGAGACCCUCUUACUACUACAGAUUCCUGGGCAAAUCUCGACUGCAGCGUCAGCGAAGCCGGUCCCGCAGCCGCACCAGACCAUCUACCAACAGGGAGUCUCCUCCAGAGAGGACAGGACGCAGACGGAGCGUUCCUGGGUCCUCUGAUAAGACCACAGCCACGAUGGAGCCAACGUCCACCACUGCCACGCCUUUCAGAGUCACCGUGAGUACUGGCUUUCUAAGUCGACGGCUGAAGGGUUCCAUCAAACGCACCAAGAGUCAACCCAAACUUGACCGCAACUCCAGCUUCAGACACAUCCUUCCUGGCUUCAGGAGCGUCGACAAUGACAGAUCUCAUUUGAUGCCAAGACUGAAGGAGUCUCGCUCCCAUGAAUCACUGCUCAGCCCCAGUAGUGCUGUGGAAGCCCUUGACUUAAGCAUGGAGGACGAGGUCGUCAUCAAGCCUGUACACAGCAGCAUCCUCGGGCAGGACUACUGCUUUGAGGUCACUACCUCCACAGGAAGCAAAUGUUUUUCCUGCCGUUCAGCAGCCGAGAGAGACAAAUGGAUGGAGAAUUUGAGGAGAGCCGUGCAGCCAAACAAGGACAACAGUCGGAGGGUGGAAAACGUGCUGAGGCUCUGGAUCAUUGAAGCCAAGGACCUGCCAGCCAAAAAGAAAUACUUCUGCGAGCUUUGCCUUGAUGACUCUUUGUACGCCCGUACAACCUGCAAGCUCAAGACUGACAAUGUGUUUUGGGGUGAGCACUUUGAGUUCAGUAACCUGCCUGCCGUCAGGAGUAUCACAGCGCACCUUUACAAAGACACAGACAAGAAGAAAAAGAAAGACAAGAACAACUACAUCGGACUCGUCAACAUCCCUGUCCCAACUGUCACCGGACGACAGUUCAUGGAGAAAUGGUAUCCCGUCAGCACUCCCAACCCCCCCAAGGGCAAGACAUCGGGGCCAAUGAUUCGGAUAAAGGCGCGAUAUCAGAGUAUGAACAUCCUUCCUAUGGAGAUGUACAAGGAGUUUGCAGAGUACACCACCAAUAACUACAUGUUGCUGUGCUCGGUGCUGGAGCCGGGGAUCAGCGUCAAGAACAAGGAGGAGAUGGCGUGCGCGCUGGUGCACAUUCUGCAGAGCACUGGCAAGGCCAAGGAUUUCCUCACGGAUUUGAUGAUGUCGGAGGUGGACCGCUGCGGGGAGAACGAGCACCUCAUCUUCAGAGAAAACACACUGGCCACCAAGGCCAUAGAGGAAUACCUCAAACUGGUGGGACAGAAGUAUUUGCAGGACGCCCUCGGUGAGUUCAUCAAGGCUCUGUAUGAGUCUGAUGAGAACUGUGAGGUGGAUCCAUCCAGGUGUUCAUCUGGUGACCUGCCAGAGCAUCAGAGUAACCUCAAGAUGUGCUGUGAACUGGCCUUCUGCAAAAUCAUCAACUCAUACUGCGUUUUUCCGCGAGAGCUGAAAGAGGUUUUUGCGUCGUGGCGGCAGGAAUGCAGCAACAGAGGUCGACCGGACAUCAGCGAACGUUUGAUCAGCGCCUCCUUGUUCCUGCGGUUCCUCUGUCCGGCCAUCAUGUCACCCUCGCUUUUCAAUUUGAUGCAGGAGUAUCCGGACGACCGCACUGCUCGCACGCUCACGCUCAUUGCCAAAGUCACGCAAAACCUGGCCAACUUUGCCAAAUUUGGUAACAAGGAGGAGUACAUGUCCUUCAUGAACCAGUUUCUGGAGCACGAGUGGACCAAUAUGCAGCGUUUCCUUCUCGAAAUCUCGAACCCAGAGACGAUCUCCAACACGGCGGGCUUUGAGGGCUACAUCGACCUCGGCAGGGAGCUCUCCACCCUGCACUCCCUGCUCUCUGAGGUGGUCUCCCAGAUGGAGCAGAGUGCUGCAUCAAAGCUGGGUCCUUUGCCCAGAAUCCUGCGGGAGGUGAAUACAGCUCUGUCUAACCCGUCCAGUGUCCAGAUGACACCUGGACAGUCCUCGGAGCACAUGAACUCGCCUUCUGCCGAGGCAGGCUGCAGCAUUUCCACGGGGCUGCAGAAGAUGGUCAUAGACAACGACCUCUCAGGAUUGGUUGAUUUCACCCGUUUACCCUCACCAACCCCAGUAAAUAAAGACAUCUUCUUUGUGACAAAGAGCUCAGGUAUCCAGCCUUCCCCCGCUCGUAGCUCGAGCUACUCCGAGACAAACGAGCCUGACCUGGGCAUGGCGAACGGCAGCAAAAGUCUAUCCAUGGUGGACCUCCAGGACCCUCGCGCCUGGACGGUUGGCACGGGUCCAGCGGCUCAGAUGCUCUGGGCGAAAGCCAAGCUUCUAGCGGAGGCUGGCGGCCAGAGUCCCACAGGAAUCCCAGGUGGUCCCACUCUGAGGAGGCCGGGCCAGACCCCCACCACACCCAGCACUGACGGCACUCCGGGCCGACCCGCCCAGCUGUUAGCCCCGCUGUCCUUCCAGAACCCCGUUUACCAGAUGGCAGCCUGCCUGCCGGUGUCCCGGGGAAUGAACGACUCGGGCUCGGAGUGCCACAGCUCCGUCAGCUCUCACAGCAACAACGACGACGGGCUGGUCGGAGGAAAGCACGCCUACGCCAACCACGCCGGAGGAGGAGGUGGAGGCGGCGGCGGGAGCAGCGGCGACGAGUACACUAGGCGUUCGGUGAGUUUCAACCGCCGACAGCUGUCCCUCACGGAGACGCAGCACCAGCCCAGCAUUCCCAGACAGAACAGUGCCGGUCCGCAGCGGCGGAUAGACCAGCCUCCGCCUCAGAGCAUCACGCGAGGCCACCCGCCCAAUCUGCUCAGCAGCGGACCCUACCCUCGGCCCUCGUCGGGCAGCAUGAUGACAUCGUCGCCGGACUGGCCGGCCAGCUGUGCACGACUGCGACAGUCCUCUUCCUCCAAAGGCGAAAGUCCGGAGACCAAGCAGAGAGCUCAGCACAAACAGGCCCCCUCCCCAGUGAACCCCAGUGCGCUGGACCGCACAGCAGCCUGGCUAUUGAAUAUGAAUGUGCAGUAUUUAGACCAUGAGGGGAUGGAGCCCGAGUCACUGAGAAACAGAGAAGAUCUAACUCAGGUGGAGAAGUACCAGCAGGAGAUUGCACUGCUGCAGGAGAAGCUGCGGGCGUCAGUGCAAAAGUUGGAGGAGUACGAGGCCCGUCUGAAAGGUCAGGACGAGCAGGCCCAGAAAGUGCUAAUGGAGUACCAGGCUCGACUGGAGGAGUCGGAAGAGCGCCUGCGCAGGCAGCAGGACGACAAAGACCUCCAGAUGAAGAGCAUCAUCAGCAGGUUGAUGUCUGUGGAAGAGGAGCUGAAGAAGGAUCACUCUGACAUGCAGGCAGUCGUGGACUCCAAGCAGAAGAUUAUCGACGCGCAGGAGAAGCGCAUUGCAUCACUGGAUGCUGCCAACGCCCGUCUGAUGAGUGCCCUGGCCCAGCUGAAGGAGCGCUACAGCAUGCAGACCCGCAACGGCAUCUCCCCCACCAACCCAACCAAACUGCAGAUCACGGAGAACGGAGAAUUCAGAAACAGCAGCAACUGUUAGACAGGACUGAUCACCUGCCCCGAGCGAGUCUUGAGUGCCUGAGUGUGUACAAUGUGAGGACGCCACCGUGCAUGUGUCGAUGCAUGCCUGUUUGAAAGCUACGAAGGUGUGUGUGUGUGUGUGUGUGUGUGUGUGUGCGCGUGCCUGCGUGUGUGCGUGUUUUAAGAGCAGACAAUACUUUUGGAAGACACUUCCACGUUUUGUGAGACGGUGUAGGAGUGACAGCAACCAGAGGACGUGCAACUUCAUUGUUACGGACAGAUCACCAGACGGCCUUCUUUACGAGGGUGACGGCGAGAGGAGGCGGGGCAGGGCGUGUACAUAAAAAAAAUCUAAGCUGUCCGUCAGGCAGAUGUUUUUCUAGUGUGGAGCUGCCGGGACAAUUCAAGCCCCCACAAUGCCUGGGACGAACCACUACUUAACCAUACACUGCGGUAACCGCCGCACAGUCGCCAUAGCAACCCUCCUCUCCUUCUUUACCCCUCUUCCUCUCGAUAACCAAGCCGGACCCGUCUGAAAUACGACAGCGCGCAUUGUGGAUUUUUUGCUUUAGUUGGCUCAAGAAGAUUACUUUGCCACGCUUUAUUUUAAAGUCACUGUUGGAAGAAUAACCAAAUACGAGCUAAAGAAUAUUUUCAGUCCAAAACACUUUUCCCUUUCGACUUGUGGGUGUGUUCCUCAGCGUCCCGACGACCCCGCUCCCCCUCCUCCUUCCCCUUGUAGUGCACUUUGUGAAAAGCUAUUGUUGGUACAUAAAACGCCUUAACUAAGGAACACACCUCAACUUUACUACCCAGAUCCCCCAUUUCUGCAAAAAAGGCACAACUUAUACUGUGGAUUUGUAUAGAAUAGAAAGGUAAUUUGCAAAUGCAUAAAUGUACUAUAAACAGCAAAGUAAAUUAAUUAUAUGUGAUACUAUAUUAAUGAAAUUUAAUAUAGAUGUAUGCAUUUUUUUUCUUCUAUAGAGUAUACACACAUAUACCUAUAUUUGAUAAAUUCAAAUAUAAAUGCAGCCCUUUAUUUAGGAGUGAGAUUUAUUUUAUUUUUCUUCUCUUACGAUGAAAGACUGUAAUCUGUAGCUUUCUUUUGAGCCCUGGAGAGGUCGACCGAGCAGUGAUCAGCACUUAAAAUCAUCCCUCACAAUCUAUGAAAGGCAGCCUUUCAUGUAAUAUAUAUUUUAAUGGAAAAGUUCAAACGAGGCCCUGCUAAGUUUGCUGAUGUCAGGUGGUCAGUUCCCGGCGUGCUCUUCACUGCUCUUAAAAUCAAAGAUCACAGGUAACUGUACAUGUGUGGUCUUCAGAGCUUUAUAGAAAUGUUUCAAAACAAACUCAGGCUGCAUGUCCACUAUACCACGAGCCACUUCGCUUGCAGACGCAUCGCGUCCCCGGUUUCAUUGCAUGGAGGCGUGCGGGGGGAGAAGUUUACUUAAAAAUGUCAGAUUACAGCCACAUUUGGUUUAUUUGAACUACCGUAUUGGCCCGAAUAUAAGACGGGGUUUUUUUGCAUUGAAAUAAGACUGAAAAAGUGGGGGUCGUCUUACAUUCGGGGUCUAGACGUUAUACCCAUUCACACCGCUAGAUGGCGCCAGAUAUCUUUAAAGUGAAUGCUGAACUUAACUCCCCAGGCCAAAGCCAACCCCUGUCACGAAGAAGAAAAAUAAAAAAUAGCGCUAAGAAAGAAAAGAGAAGAAAAUAAGAGAAGAGAUAACAGAAAAUGGAGAAACGUAGCGACAAUCUGAAGAAAAGAGGGUGGAAGAUCGGCCAGUUAUGAUGCAAACUUCAAGAUAAUGAUGUCAAUGAGGCAAAAUAACAUGCUUUUUUUCUCGAAUAUAUUGUUAUAAUCAUUUGUUUCAGAUGUACUGUAAUUAUUUUCUGUAUAAAAAUGUAAUUUGGUGUUAAAAAAAAGUCUUUUUUCAAAUUUGAGUCUUGAAAAAGAGGGGGUCGUCUUAUAAUCAGGGUCGUCUUAUAUUCGGGCCAAUACGGUAAAUAACUUGAGCAAAAGGAACUCGAAGGCAGUAAGUUUUGCAUACUGCCUUCAGAUGCCAUCGUUGGAGCGCUAUAUCGAAGCGAGUGACAUAGAUGCUGACCAUGCCUCCUCGCUUUUCGUAAAAUAUUUACGGGAUACAAGUGAUGUGAAGGACUCGUCAUGUAUAGUGGACACCAGCCACCAUACGAUACACUGGACUGGUGAGCCGUUGUUAAAAUGGUCUGCCAUGGUUUGAUUAUCUCCUUCACUGCUUUAUUUGUCCAUGAAGUACGUUGCCUCCAAACUGUGAUUCCAUUGAUCCUUGUCACAUCAUCUCUCUCUCCUCUAUCUGCUUUUUUUUUCUCAUUCUUUCCCUCUUCAUCCCUUCUUUCAUCUGAAUGUGAAGAUGCGAACUCACAGCUGGUCUUAAUAUUGGGUUUGGUCCUUCCAGUGUCUUCUGUCUUCGCUCACUACCAUCUUUUUUUUUUCUUCUUUUGUAUAUACAUUUUUUUAAAUAUUUUUCUUACCUGUACCAGAAUAGCUCCAUGACGUAUGACGCCCUGCAUGCUUCAUCAUUGCUUGAGAGCCAACGGUAGCAUCAAAUUCACCGUUUGUUUUUUGUCAGUGGGACCGGAAUGAUGAUAAAUGAUAUAAAUGAUAACUGAGUGCAUCGAGAAGUGGAACCGCCGGGGAAAGUGUAAAUAUAAUGCUCGCACUAUUUUUACCUAAUAUUAACAGAGCUUUUUGUAAAUGUAUCUUGUGCUCAGACUCUGCUGUAUCAUUAUGAAUAUUGUAAAUAUGAAAUAGCCCAGUCAAUCAUCUGUCCUCAUUGGGUGGAAUUAUACAUUUCAUUUAACCUUUUCGUGUUCUUUUUUGUUAAAGCUAUUGUUUUGUAUUUACAGUGUUUAAUGACUAGCCAAAAAAUUAAAAAAAAUAUUUAAAAAAAACAGAUUAAAUAGGAUUUUUGACUGUUGGGAUUUGAGCCCACCUGGUUACAGGCCACGCUGACUUCAGUCUCCAUAAAAACCACAAGCACAAUCCUGUACUUCGCUUCAGUCCAGUUCAAUGCACUUUUAUGUUUGGUUAUAGGUCUUUAUAAUGAUAUCUUUUUUUUUUUAAAGAAGAAAAAGAAAAGGAAUGUGUCAAAGUUCAACAUAGACAAAAGGGAUUUUUGGUACAACUAAUAUAUAAAAUUCAAUAUUAGAUGAAGAGACCUUGUGCUUUUUCCUGUUUAAGUAGAAAAAUAAGUGGAAAAAAACACUUCAGAGAAAUACAUGAAGGACAUUUAUGUUCGUUUCUUGCCAAGUAAGCCCUAUAACCAAUGUAUGACUGCCCACAUUAAUGCCAGACUAUGUCACUUUUGCAGAAUAACUAUUUAUUCAUCUGACGUGUAUUAAUUAGGAAUAAUGUCUAAUAAGCUAUUUAGCUAGCCAUAACGUUUUGACCUGUUUGCCGGCAUUUGACUUUUUUUUUUUUUACUCCAGUUGUCUUGAGAGUUCAUCACUGCAGCUAAAUAUCAAACUACUGUAUUUGAGAAAUUCAGAAAUUAGAUUCCUAAAACCGUUCUCUGGAAAUAUUGGUUGAUCUGAUACACACUCUCCUCUUUUUUCCUGAAUUCUGUAAAAAACAAAUAGAAAAAACAAAUAAUCCAACUUGGUACUAUAGUACUAAGCUAAAUAUGCUUCUGUUUAGAAUGUAGCAACUGAGAUUUACUGCUAACCUUAGUUAACUAAUGCUUUUAAAACUAGUCAAUGUUGGUACAUUUGUCCAAAAGCAAACAAAAAAUUAGCUUCCAUGACUCCACUCCCUUUGUCAUAUUUAUUGUUGCUACAUCAUUUACAGAAACUCUUGAACAUCUUUUUUACUUUUUCUCAUCGCUACCCAUUAUCAUGUCAGUUUCAACAAAAUGUGUCGCUUAAUUGUAUUUUUGUAUGAGAGUUAAUGUAAUCUAAUUUAAGUUAUUGUUAAUAACUCUGGGAUAAAUAUUCCUGAAUAAGCUGAAUGGUGUGACCCCUAACUUGCAGCUCAGCAUUUUAGCUAUACGCUAAGCUACUUUUUAGCUCAAUAAAUGUUAAAUUCUCAACAGAUAUUUUGUUAUUUUACCAAAAUUUUAUAUAAAUAGUAGUGCAGCUGCAUAAAUUAUCUGUGAAACCUCUUUGCAAAACCCACACACUCACAUGGCUUGAAUUUUGUUGUUGUCCCUUUUCUGAGUUUUGUGAGACUUUUCUUGUCCCAGUGGCGUUUUAGCUUAACUCUUCUAAAUAGUUUAUUGUCUUUAGGCUAAAGAUUUUUCUAUUCAAGAUGUGGCUGUACAGUUACUAAAGUUAACAUUUUUACUCAGUUCAGGACAUUCAUGACCCUUUUUCUCAUUUUUCAUUUGAAUUAUGGGCCCUUAGCAAACUGCUGCUAUGGUUAAAGCUCUCAAAUCUGGUUUAAAUAUUUGUUCCAUGACACGAGUAGCCUACCACUAAUUACAUUAAAUGACUUUGUUUUGUUUUGUUUUGUUUUUUCUAAACUUGUCCCUUCACAUUUAAGUUUCAUAGUAAGUUCAAAUUUUGCAAAGUGGCAAAUCAGUAACUGCAAUGCAGAAAAAUAGUUCAGCACCCACCCUAGCUAAACAAUGUGAAGUUCUGAUGAUUAUAAAACUACUUUGGAGAAACUAAAAGCUGUAGUUAAGGAUUGAUUUGCUAUCUAGCUACAAGGUUUAACCCAUCCAUCAGCAUUCUGGCUAAUUUCUCAAUUCUUAUUAUGCAAAGGAAAUGUUUAACUGUAGCUGUGGGUUAGGGUUUAGCGUUAACGCUUGAUCUGCAAAAGUAACAUAGUCUCAUUUUAAACUUUAAAUUAGAAAAAUAUUGUCCAUCUGUUCCUAUAUCCACCCAUGCCUCAGUUUAAAAGUUUAUGGAUCAGAAUUUAAAAAAAACAGGAGCUAAUUCUUGACACUGUUCAACCACUCCGACAAAGAACUAAUCAAAAUUUAAAGCUAUGAUUAAAGUAAAAGAUGUUGUAUGUUUUCUAUUAUCUUUUAGAAAGUACUUUUGUAAGUAUGUUGAAAGUAUAAAGUAUUUGCUCGAUUCUGCUUCAUUUGACAGUGAAAAAACAAUAAUGUACAGAAGAAUUUGUGUUGACAAAAUGUGGCUGUGCAAUUUAUGUACAUUUGCAACUAGACCUAUUAAAGUUUUAUUUAGCUAUUUUAAA